AUCACUGACGUCACAACGUAUGUGGGGAGCGCGCGCACCUCCUACCCAUCCCGGCCGCCCCGCGCGAGCCCCCGGCCCGUGCCCGCUGCGCGGCGUGACCCGGAAGCAGUAUCGCUGGGAGUCUGUGCAGAACGAGCAGCGUCGGCCCAGCUGGCGGCCUGCAGCCCGGGGAGCGAGUCCUGUCCGUGAGCGGAGCCUCCCCGGAACCCGAUGGAGACUGAGCCGUUAAAGGGCUGCAUAAGAACUGGUAUGGUAUGAUGAUAUGGUGAUUGUCGUCCUGAUGCUGCAGCAGAGGUUAUGGAGAUUAAUGGCCGGAGCUACUGAUCACAUGGUCUUCUAAAGAAGCAAUGGGUAGCUGUUGUAGCUGUCCAGAUAAAGAAGCUUUCCCAGAUAACCAACAAAACAGGUUCAAGGUUAUUAAUGUGGAUGAUGAUGGUAAUGAGCUGGGUUCUGGAAUGAUGGAGCUAACAGAAAAUGAGCUGAUCUUAUAUACGCGGAAGAGGGACUCUGUCAAAUGGCCCUAUCUUUGCUUGCGUCGCUAUGGAUAUGAUUCAAACCUUUUUUCUUUUGAAAGUGGACGACGGUGUCAGACUGGACAAGGAAUAUUUGCCUUUAAAUGUGCUCGUGCAGAAGAGCUAUUUAAUAUGCUGCAAGAAAUCAUGCAGAAUAAUAGCAUAAGUGUUGUGGAAGAGCCAGUGGUUGAAAGAAAUCCUCAGACAGACCUUGACGUGCCAAGAACUCCACGUACCCCAACAACCCCUGGUUUUACAGGUUCAAAUUUGCCCAACGGAUACCCACGCUACCCAUCAUUUGGUGAUGCAUCUUCUCAUCCGUCUAGUAGACAUCCUUCUGUUGGCAGCACACGUCUUCCUUCAGUAGGAGAGGAAUCUACCCAUCCAUUGCUUGUUUCUGAAGAUCAUGUGCAUACAUAUGUAAACACGACUGGGGUACAAGAGGAUCAGAGACCAAGUGUGCCAACUCCUCUCUCGCCUCGCCUCUCAGAGUCUGAAGGAAGCACUGCUCAAGCCGAACCCAGUACCAUUCCUGAUCGGGACCCACAGGUUAUUCUAGAGUCUGAAGGAGUGAAGUUUGUUUUAGGACCAACUCCUGUUCAAAGACAGUUAAUGGAGAAGAAAAAACUGGAGAUACUUGAGGAACAGCAAAGUGGUGGCAAGGGUGGCGGUAGCUGUCCAAAUAGCACAGAGUGGGACACUGGUUAUGACAGUGAUGAACAUAAAGAUACACCUUCUAGUAAUAAGAUGGUGUAUGAAAACGUUAAUGGAUUGUCCGUAAGUGCUUCUGGGGCACGGAGGGGACGUGUUGCACCACCUGUCCCCACAGACAUCCAAAAUAUCAAUAACUCUGCUCAGAGGAGAACUGUGCUACUAAACUAUGAAAAUUUACCAUCUCUUCCACCUGUUUGGGAAGCUAGAAAGCCCAGUAAGGAGGAUGACGACCCAUUAGGACCAAAGACCCCAUCUGUUAAUGGUUAUCACAAUAACCUAGACCCAAUGCAUAAUUAUGUGAACACAGAAAACGUAACUGUUCCAUUGAGUGCUCACAAAGUUGAGUUUUCUAGGCGUCGGGACUGCACACCUACCGUAUUUAAUUUUGAUAUAAGGCGUCCAAGCUUAGAACACAGGCAGCUUAAUUAUAUACAGGUUGAUUUGGAAGGUGGCAGUGAUUCUGACAACCCUCAGACACCGAAGACCCCAACCACUCCACUUCCACAAACUCCUACCAGACGCACAGAGCUGUAUGCUGUAAUAGACCUUGAAAGAACUGCUGCUAUGUCCAACCUGCAGAAAGCACUGCCUCGAGAUGAUGGUACUUCUAGAAAGACUAGGCACAACAGUACGGACCUACCCAUGUGAACCUCAAGCCAGUUAUGUCAUUUGCACCUUUUUGUGUAUUUCUAAAAAAAAAAAAAAGCAUAAAAAAAUUCACAUCUUAAACACUAACACUUUCCAUAGAUUUCAUGGUUUCCAUGUGCUUUUGUCUAAAGGGAAUUUAUGUAGAGCAGGUACUCCUAAACUAAGGUUUACUCUACAGUAAUAGUAGUAUGUACUGUAUAGUUAUAUAGCUGUAUUUCCUUUUUGUACCUAUUUAAUUGGUUUGACUUGCAGUGACAUGCCAGUUUUGAGUUUAUCUACAUUUGCCUAUAUUUUGCAUCUAGACUGUUGCCAUUCAAAGCUAUAGAGACAUUUUUAUUUUUGGAAUUUCAUUUACAUUAUGAAUGUGUGAUGUUAUAUACAAGUAUGUAUUUUUUUAUUUUUAUUUUAUAUGUGAACUUUCUAUGAUUCCAGAAAUUUGCCAAAUUACCAGCAUUUUAAAUUGAGGAAGUUGGUACGACCAGUAAAGUUGCUUUUUGGCUAUGUGUAGAGUGCUGAAUUACAGCCUCACAUGCUACAGCCAAACAAGCACAUUAUUUUUUGCACAUUAAGCACUAUUCAGGCUAUCUGAAAAUGGCCGUCUGCACCGAAACUUCUAGUGCAGGUGUUCAGUUGUAAAGUAAUAUAGGGGCUUGAUAUUUUAAGUUACAGUAUGUCAGGGUUGCAUGUAUUUAAUGCAAACCUAUAUACAUUUGUAUAAAGGCCAAAUAUGGUUUCCCCUUUUUUAUCACAUUGUAUGAUAUUGUAAGAUUGUAUGUUCCUAAUUUGCAUUAUAAAUCAAAAUUUUUCAUACUUAAAAGUAUAUAACUGUAUAAAGGUAGUAUAGAAAAUUUUGAAUUGUUUCCUUUUUUAAAAGUUAUAUAGAUGUGCAUUGCCAAACUUUCCAUAACAAUUUUUGUUUUAAAUGAUAACCAUAGGUUUAUAUCUGCACUAAACAUUCCAUGAUACUUUCUUGAACUGUGACCCUUCUCAUGCUAAGAACUGUGUAGCAUGUGAAUGGGCAACCUUUUCAUUACCCUCUAAACUACAUCUCCCAUGACACGUUACCAUCUUAGUACUGAAGGUUGACCAUUCCUGGCAUAAUUCAAUCCAGAGCCACCAGCUGCAGUUGUUGUUUUAUGAACUGAAGGGUUCAAGCCAAGCAAUACUAUGCAGAAAUAUAUAUAUAUAUUUUUUUUUUAAGAAAAAAUAAAAAACUGCUCCAUUCUGAAUAACUAGCCUUUAAGUUAAUAUUUGGUGUGCACCAGGUACUGCAUCAAUUACUGAUAUUGCUUACCACGUGUUCACUAAAAUAAUAUUUUUAUAACCGUGUUCUCCCAGAGAUGUUGCCAAUUGGGUGACAUUAAAAAGCAGUUAGGUGGGUCCUUCGUACAAAAAGAGGGGAGUGCACUUGCAGGGAAGGGGCAUAGACACACUAGUUCCGAUUCACAUUAUGCCCACACAGUAUUGUCCCUUAUUGCACAUUAUGCCCACACAGUUUAGCCCACUAUUGCACAAUAUGCCCACACGGUAUGGCCCCUUACACACCACUACACAGUUGUGCCCCUUAAAUGCAUUAUACCACACAGUAGGGGCCCCCCUUACCUAUCUGAUGCUAAAGAGUGGACUGGGCCUAAUGCCAGUCACUUAACAGGUGCUCAAACUAUUGGCUGCACACCUUAAGGCAUAUAAAGUGACCUGGGCCUAAUGCCCAGAGUCACUUAUUUGUGGCACGGGCCCUCUGUCCGUCUAACAUGCCACAAAGGCUUAAGACCUGAUUGCACCCACGGGCCUAAUGCCCAACACCUGAUCAUCUAGGGAGAGAGGGUAUAUUGCCGAUGGCCAAGACCUCCUACCAGGACAUUGGCAGAGGCUGCAGCAGGGAGCUUUGUUCAGCUCUUUUGUUCCCACCAGCUGCAGUACUCUCUGGUCCUCCUUCUUCUGCGACGUCUUCUCAUCUCUUCAGCAGCGACCAGAGCUCUUCAGGAGAUGUCUGCUUUUAAUCGCUGCCACCGCUAAAUUGAAGGCUUUGCUCAGGGGCGGCAAACGCCAUGGGCCGUGAUUGGUUUGCUUGUGAGUUGCGAUUUGUUUGCGAGCCGUGGAUGGCUCUCAAACAGCGGCAAAUUUAAACUGCCACAGCCUGACCCUUAAAGUUAGCGGCAUCCAAAAUGUCACAGCAUCGCAACUUUUGGCUGCGCCAUUUUGCCAUGCUGACCGCCCAAAAAAAUAAAGCAUGGGGAGAACACUGUACAAUAACCACAUUGUCAUUUCAUUGGUGCCAACAUCAUUUUGUAGCAUGGCAAUAAAAUACUGAUUACACCUUA